AUGAAAAACACUGGGUUACUGUUUGGUUACUUUUUGGUCAAAGUUCUGGCUCUGGUGUGUAACGCAGAAGGUGAAACCGGACAGCAGCUCGAUGGUUUCGUUAUGGUUUCUGCGUCCAACGGAUCUAGAGAAGAAAAUGCCUUUUCUGAAACCCCACAUGUAGAAGACAGAUGUCGGGGAUACUACGAUGUGAUGGGCCAAUGGGAUCCACCGUUUGUGUGCAAAACGGGCAAUUAUUUGUACUGCUGCGGGACCUGUGGCUUCCGAUUCUGUUGCGCAUUUAGGAGCUCGCGGUUGGACCAGAGCACCUGUAACAACUACGAUACUCCUGUAUGGAUGAUGACAGGUCAAACCCCUUUCAAGAAAAAUGACGCCAGACACGACCCCACCAAGGAUAAAACUAACUUGAUCGUUUACAUCAUUUGCGGAGUAGUGGCUAUCAUGGCACUUGUUGGGAUAUUCACGAAACUUGGACUAGAAAAGGCACACAGACCUCAGAGAGAAAACAUGUCCAGAGCUCUCGCAAAUGUGAUGCGACAGCAAGGCCCCUGUCCAGGAGAGCAUCUGGAUCGGGAAGACAACCUGGGCAUGCAUGUGCAACAUUACGAGAAUGUGCAAGCCCGAACAAAGGCCAACAAUCUGCAGGGCACCCAAAUGAACAAUGUUGGUCCUGGCUCACCUCUGCUGCCCACUAUGACUCAGCCACACUCGUAUCCUGCUCUGAGCCAGCUGUCCCAUGCAUACGACCAGCAGCAGCCAAGCAAGGAACUCAACAAGUACGCCUCACUCAAGGCUGUGGCUGAAAAGGCCAACGACGAUUUCUACAGCAAGCGCCGCCAUCUGGCAGAACUGGCAGCGAAAGGCAGCCUCCCUCUACACCCCAUCCGUCACGAGCACGAACCCGGACCCCCCUACAGCCCCGAGAUGCCCUGCCCAAAGCAGAACGGGCACAAGUCCAAAAGCAGCAAGGGCCAUGGCCCCCACCCCCUGGCCUACAGCUCCAACACCAUCGCCAACACCGGGCUGGUGAAAGGCUGGAACGGGACAGAGACCGUGGGCAGGCGUAAGAGCUACGGCCCGAAGAAGCACUGCACCGUGGAACAGGUCAACGAGCUCCACUCCGCCCGCAGCCAGCACUAUCUGCCCCCACAGCCCUACUUUGUUACCAACAGCAAGACAGAGGUGACUGUGUGA